AGUAGCUGUUAGAUAUUGCCGUUCAUUGCUUGAUUGGUACUUAGUUAUCAUUAAAUUGCGUUUGCUAAUAAAAAAUGGAUUGAUAUGAAACCAGAAAAAGCUAGAUCCCACCUAAAGAAAAUCAUGGAAUCACCAAAAUCACCGUCAAGAAAAUGCUUUGAAGGUAAUAUCUAUAUUCGAACACCUUUGGUAGAAUCGAUUGAACUUCGGAAAUAUUGUGCUGGUCGACAGGUUUAUCUUAAAAUGGAAAAUUGUCAACCAUCGGGUAGUUUUAAAUUAAGAGGAAUUUCUAAUCUUUGUAAAUAUGCAGUAUCGAACGGAUUUACGGAGGUGGUAUGUCCAUCCGAUGGAGAUGCAGGUUUAGCUACAGCGUUUUCCGCAAUGAAAAUGGAAAUUCCCUGUCAUAUUAUUGUGGGACAGAAAACACCAAUGGUUGUUUGUGAUGCCAUGAGAUCUUAUGGUGCUACAUUGGAACGUUAUGGUGAUACGUGGGAAGAGGCAAACAAACAUGCUAUCGAAACCAUAACCAAUACAAAGACUGCAUUUUUGGUCCAUCCAUUUGAUCAUUUAGCUGUUUGGCAAGGACAUUCAACUAUUAUCGAUGAGAUUGUUGAAGAUCUUGAUGGACAAGUUCCAUCGAUAAUCGUAACCAGUUGCGGUGGUGGUGGACUAAUCUGUGGUCUUGUUCAAGGCAUCCGACGACAUGGUUGGGAAAAACGCACAAAAAUAUUGGCCAUUGAAACCGAAGGAACGCAUUCAUUUAAUCUAUGCGUAAAAGCUGGUGGUAAACGUGUUCGAUUGAAUGAAAUUAGUUCAAUCGUCCAUACAUUAGGUGCUUAUGAAGUUUGUGAACAAGUUGUGCAAUAUUUUCGUGAAUGUAAUCCACCGAUUUUAUCGCGUCUGGUGAACGAUGCCGAAGCAGCAGAAGCUUGUAUUCGUUUUGCAAAUGAUCACAGAUGUUUGGUAGGUUUAGGUUCGGCAACUACAAUGGCUUCUGUUUAUACCGGUAUCGUUGAACGGAUAUUGACAAAAAAUGAAGAUCUACAUGAAACACUUUAUGAUCAACGUGAUGAACAAGAAAUGAAUGAAACUGAAGGUCCGAUCGUCAUUCUGGUAUGUGGUGGUGGUGAAGUAAAUCUGAAUAUUAUUGAAGAAAAUCGAAAAUUAUUUAAUUUACAUAAAAUUUAAAAUUUUUAUCACAAUAAUUAAAUGUAGUCUCUUCACUUUAAAGAACUUUCAAAAUAAUUUCUGAUAAAAUCAACAUUAAAUACAUAAUGAACACAAUAAAUGUAUCUGUUGAGAUGGAAAAAA